AUGCUGGAUAACACUGACUAUGCCUUUCCUGCGGGUGAUGAAAGUGAUGGAAGUAGUGAUGAAUGGGAUGUUGGGUAUACUACUGAUAGCAAGAAACUCGACCCUGAGGCGAUAUUGGCCCCUGAGGACAAUGUGUCCCUUCUGAAAAGGGCCAUUACAGCAGGGGACGUCGAUCUUGUGCGGCAGUUACUGGACAAUGGUAUGGACGUGGAGACACGUCUGGGCUUUGAGUGGACUCCUCUCAUGUGUGCUGUCCAUGUUGGUCGCUGUGAUCUGGCCGAGCUGCUGCUGGAACGUGGAGCCAGUGCCAACUUCAGCAGAGAUCAUUAUACCGUGCUAAUGGCAGCUUGCACUGCAAUUUCUGCCACUGAAGAGAACAUCAGCAAGUGUGUGGCUCUCUUGCUGAGCCGCAAUGCUGACCCAAACGUCUACAGCAGGAGUCGCAUGACGUGUCUCAUGCUGGCUGCCAGGGAUGGUUACUCUCAGGUGAUCAAUCUGCUGGUGUCUCAUGGAGCAGAGCUGAACUUUCAGGAUGACGGCGGCCACACGGCGCUCAUGUUAGCUGUGCAGUACGGGCAUGAAGCUGCAGUUCUAAAACUACUACAGCUCGGAGCUGACAAGUCCAUUAAAAGCAAGACAGGGAAUACAGCUGCUGACCUGGCCAAAUCAUUCAAACACCUGCAGAUCUGCAGGAUUCUCGACUCUCCAAGUGACUUCAUUGUUAAUGGUGCACUGCCCUCCAAAGCCGAAACAGUGUUAAAAUUUCUCAACCGAAACCCUGAACCUCUAUCAGUCUCAAAGGAGAGUUCUACUAAACUAUGUGAUAUAGAACUACUACUACACGGGCUGAAUCUGGAGUAUCUCUCCGAUAUCAUGAUGGGAAAUGACAUCACCUGGAGCCACUUGUUGACAAUGGAAAAAGAAGACUUGGAAAAGAUUGGAGUAACAGACCCUGGAGACCAAAAGAAACUUCUUAAAGCAAUUCAUGAGAUUCACCUUGACAGAGUGGAUCUGGACACCUUGACCCAGCUUGACAACAUAGACAGUGGGAGUGAGGAGCUAUAUAAUUUUUUGAUCAGCCUGAGGCAACAGUGUUGUUACUUAACCGAGACGGUGCAGGAUGUCAUUAGCAGGUUCCCCCACAGCACCUCACAGCUAGUUCUGACGUGGGAUCCAAAGAAGGAGGCUCAGGCCAUAUGCACAGAGCUAGUGGCUCAGACCGGAGACCUGCAGAAAGAAGUGGUCUGUCUCAGGGACCUCCUCAGCAAGAUGGAUCCCAGUGAUUACACCUUCAAUCCUCCUUUGCCUCGUUCCCACACCAGCAGGAGGAGACGAGUUAUAAAGAAGCUUGCAGUGGCUGUGCUUGGAGCAGGAUUGCUACUGCUGUUGUCUCAAGCAAGACACUUCAAAACCUACAUCUGA